GCGAGGUCUGGCUCUGCGCAUAGCAGUCGUGCCAUCGGGAAAAGACAAUAUCAUCGGCGCGCAGCAGAGACACAUCAGAGCCCCUCAGGCGCAACAGCUCGAGUGGUCGACUGACAGAGUGACUGACACACAGGAGGGGGACAAGGAAGCGGGAUCACAUAGAAAUAAGGAUCAGCUGAUUUCCUCAUGUUUGGAUGUGACUGCUCAACAAUCGUUAAUGCGUAACGCUCAGCACUCCCUCAUGUGAGGGUGUAGAAUGGAAACAACCCUUUACCCAGGCACCGUGGUCAAUACUCCGAGGGGCUCCAGCAUCUAUUCCCAGAGCACGAUGAUGAAGAAGGACAUUAACCUGAACCUGGACGACCAGAACUCCGAGCUCAAAGCAAACCCGCUCCGAGACACAGACGGACUUCUCAACUCCCCAGACUUGGGACUCUUGAAACUAACCUCUCCGGACCUGGAGCGCCUUAUUAUCCAGUCAAACGGCCUGGUCACCGCCACCAACACGACCUCCCAGUUCCUCUACCCGAAGUCAGCCAGCGACGAGCAGGAGUUCGCGGAAGGUUUCGUCAAAGCACUGGAGGACCUUCACAAGCAGAAUCAGCUGAGCGAGGCGGGCUGCGUCUCCGUGGAGAGGCUGGAGCUCCUCGGAUCGUCCAACGCGGUCGGCUCCGCCGGGCUCCAAACACCAGACCUUCCUGUAUACACUACUUUGAACGGGUACACGGCCAGUCCGCUCGGAGCCACCACCAUCAACUACUCCACGGACACAAUCCCCUUCCCGCCGCCUCCGUCGCAUCUGAGCAGCGCGCAGCAGCAGGCGGCCGCCGCGGCGGCUCUGUCGCGGCUCCAGUCUUCCGGUGUGACACACGGUUUGGUUAAGGACGAGCCUCAGACGGUACCAGACAUGCAGAGCUUCGGAGAAAGCCCCCCUCUGUCUCCCAUUGAUAUGGACAACCAGGAGCGCAUCAAGGCGGAGAGGAAAAAGCUGCGGAACAGGAUAGCCGCCUCCAAAUGCCGCAAAAGAAAACUGGAGAGGAUAUCACGGCUGGAGGACAAGGUCAAGAGCCUGAAAACGCAGAACACCGAGCUGGCAUCCACGGCCAGCGUCCUCAGGGAGCAGGUGGCCCAGCUGAAACAGAAGGUGAUGAACCACGUCAGCAGCGGAUGCCAGCUUUUACCAAACCAGGUCCAGGCUUACUAAAUCAGAAAUGGUGCUCUUUAUGGAUGUUUUUACAGCUCUAAUAUGCUCUGCAGAUACAGGGCUGUAUUAUGAGGAACAUAUGCCUUUUGUAACCUUAAGUCCUUAUCAGAGACUUGAUAUGAGGCCAUUGUAAAUGCACCCUCCAGAUAAAGCCUGCAGCUGGGACUCGAAACAGACAUGUGCUGUCUGUGUAGAGAUGAACAGGCCUUGAUGACAGCUGGACAGUGGCAGGUUAACCAGCAGCAGGUGAGGGCCGCAGCCUCUUCUGAUUCAUGGAAAUUUGGCAGUGUUGUGCAGACUUGAUUUGUUGCCCUGAUUUUUUCUGGGAAGCCAUGUAGCAAACUGCUAUCCAGCGGGCUGGUGAAGGAUAGCGUUUAUCUGUGUGUGUAAGCUGGACAAUCUCAACAAGAGUGCAACCAAACCCCAGGGUGUCACCAAGUGCUGUCAUCCACCAUGUAAUAUAAUGCCUUACUUGUUUACAAGCACUUAAUGACAAAUAUAUAUUUUAUUUACUGAAACAUUUCUUAUUUUACAUAUGGUCUUACUUUUUUUUUUUUUUGCAAAAUUGAACACUGCAUGUCUUGUCGCUUUGUGUACAGUAACCAUUGUAUUUUUCAUUGUGGUGGCUGCUGUGUAGCUCUUCAGCCGCCACUUCCAUGAAUGUAUGUGUACGUGCUGAACCCUAUGUAUCCAUGUGUAAUGGACUUUCAAGUCUCUACCUGACAUUUAUUAAAUUCACUACAUUAUUAA